UGUCAAGUCCACGUCAUUCAAUUCUUUGGCACUUCCUUUUCUUAUCAAUUCCACGAUGGAAAAGGCCCACGAAUUAGUCAUAUCCGUCAACAGAAAUCUGGGACGUGGUUGCAGGAAUCAGGAUGUGGUUUGACCUGAUCUAUCUUUACAACAACAAAUGCGUCAAUGUAGAAGAGGAAACGUAGGAGGAAUCUUGAUUUCUUUACUCCCAAAUGACUUAAUACAGCAUCGCUAUUAGGUAUGUGUCUCGGUUUCUUCAUUAAUUUAUGACAUCUUAUCAGCAAUCUGCUUGUGGUUGAGAUGGCAUGUAUCAUUUCAGCAACCACAAGCAGCUGAACAAGAAUACAGGAAGGGCUAUAAACAGAGCACUCAGGACAUUUGGUCCCAGAAACUUCGGUCAUAUCUCAAAGAGGGGAAGACUUCUUCAGUUUCUUCUUAUAACAAACAGUUACUACUUCAAGUUUAUGUCAUGUCUCCUGAGAAGCCAAUCAAAGUCCAAGCUAAACUUUUCAAGAUAAACCCUGAGGGUGGCUUCAAAUGUCUGAAGUACAAAGUAGAGUUUGGAUAUGUCUCGGUCAAUACUCAAUCUGCUCAUACCCCUCAGGUCAAAACUGGGACCAAAAGGUUCUUAAUGAACAAGUUGAUGCAAAAACACAAGCCCCAGCACGAUAGUUGGAGUACAGAUUACAACUCUACUAUCAUUUCUGCCGGGCCUCUUUGGCCCGCGAGGUCCUCGCCCGAAGAAAAUGUAUUGGAAUUGGUUCCCUCGAUCAAACUCUCUGUUGGCAAAGGUAAAGAGGUUGAUAUUGAGCCUUUAGCUGAUUUUCUUGAAGGCACCUCUAAAUCUGACCCAACGUCUUUGUUGCAUGUGUUCAACAUUAUUUCCUGGCAAAAGAUUCAUAAUAACGAUCGAUUCGGAAAAUUGGAGAACUGCUUCUACCCUGUUCAAGACGAGACCCUGAAUGCCGAACUGUAUCUUAUUCGGGGUGGAUUUUUCUCUUCUGUGCGUCCAGCCAAGGAUAAUCUCUUUCUCAACGUCAAUCCUGUCACCUCUGCAUUCUACAACCACCACUUGAACCUCGAAAUUGGAUCAAUAAAUGCUGGGUUACACGAUUACCAAAAACCAAUCCUGAGCGUUCUCAAAUUUUUGGAGCAAGCUCAAGGGAGUGAAGGUUACUCUAAGCCUCCUCCCAGAUAGCAAGCAAUUUACAGUGUGUGAUAUCAGCGACAACGAUAUCAUGGACCAGCCUCUUAGAAAAAACGGUGCAAAUGGAGGUGUCAGAAAUCACUUGAAAACAGGUAAGUUUAGCCUUGAUCUAAAAAAUGGAGUUGCUGAGUCGUUACAUAGAGUACCCUGACUACGAACCCAAGAAAUCGUAUUGUAUAAGCGUCGGAAAGUUCAAAGCCAUGGACGGCAACAAGAUCAAGGAUGAGAACGAUAUCUGGUACCCAUCCGACCAACUGAGAUUCGUCCCAUGGCAAGCGGUAAAGAAGACUAUUCGAAAUGAGCUUUCCCAAGACAUCUUGAAAUAUGCCACUUGUCCCCCAGUCAGAACCAUUCAAAAGAUCGAAGAAGGCAUGAAGGAAUUUAACAAUGACGGUUUCUACAAGGUAAUAUGAAUUUGAACACUCCAAAACAACUACAGAAGCUAAUCUCAUAACCAGAAUUUCGGAUUCGCGCUAGAGCGAUCUACGACGAAAUGUGACGCUUCAGUUCUGUUUCCUCCAAAACUGAAACUCUCACCGCAAGUACCAAAGCAGGUAAUCAACGGCAGCUGGAAUUUUGAUAACCAGACAAAGUUCUUCCAGGGACUUUCCGGCAAAACAACUGAUAUGGUCGUAGUAGUCGUCAAUCAAACUGACACUGCUAAGGUUGAAAAGCUCAAAGGUUUAACAGACAAAUUGUUUGAAACUUACAAAAUACACGCCUCGGGAAGUACGCUCAAGAGAAUCGCCUGUUUCACCAUUACAGUGCCCACCGACGGGAGAACUGACAGCUAUAGAGAGCUUUGCCAGGAGGCUUUUCAAUCUAAUAGAAAACCUAACAGUAUAAAUGAUUUGAUGAUCAUCUUUAUACUGCCGAAAAAGGACACCGAUAUCUACCCAGAGGUCAAACGCUGGGCUGAUUGCCAAGUUGGAAUACCUUCAAUUUGCGUGACGUCUGAAAAGCUCACGAAAUCCGAGAAUGAUUCCAAGAUUCGCUCAAACAUGUGUUUAAAACUACACCUCAAGCUAGGGAGAGUAACUCAUCAAAUUGUUCCCACAGGUGCUGGUAGUAGCCAUAUGCUUGGGGCAGAGCCAGGAACCAUGAUAAUGGGAGCAGAUGUGACACAUCCCGGCGCAAGAGUAGGGACCUGUCCGUCGAUGGCUGCCGUCGUGGCAACUGACGAUGAUGUGUCAAGCCAGUAUCUUGGGUCAGCACGAUUACAAAAAAGCAAGCAGGAGGUAAUUACAAUCUAGUAGGAAAAGAAAUGAACCAUAGCUGAUUAUUCUAGUCUAUUGAUGAUCUAGCUGGGAUGGUUGAAGAGCGUGUUAUUGCUUGGUUCAACAAGGCUGGCGAGGCAAAAUCAAGCCUAAGAUUGCCAGCUAAUAUCAUCUUCUAUCGAGAUGGGGUCAGUGAAAGCCAAUUUAAGACCGUUUUGGAUUCGGAAAAGAAGCAAAUCAUGGACGGGUGUCGAGCUGCAACCAAGGCCCUGCUUCAAGAUCAAGACGCUAAACUUACAACGAAGGAGCAGGCCUGGAGCCCCAAGUUGGCUCUACUGAUCUUCAUCAAGAGGCACCAUGUUCGCUUUUACCAUAAUGACAAAAGCGAUCUGGCAAAAGGCAACCUCCCAUGUGGAACCGCUGUCCACAAGACGGUGGUUCUUCCAAACUACCAAAACUUCUAUCUCCAGAGUCAUUCGAGCGAUUCAAAAACAACUGCGCGAAAUGCCCACUAUGUGAUUCUUCACAAUGAUACACAAUUGAAAUUGGACAGGCUUGGUGCCAUUGUAAGAUAUUCGACCACUCAUUCAUUCCCUACUAACGGCCAUAACACAGACCAACAACAUUUGUUACACUGGAGCCCGGGCUACCAAAGCACUCUCUGUCUGUACUCCUGCCAGAUACGCUGAUCACCUUUGCGAUCGACUCAGAUACUACAUGAAGCCUGUCAUCGAGGGGAAAGCUGAAUAUACCUGUACGUCAUCUGAUUAUCUUAAGGUUCGAGAGAAAGACGAGAGAGUUUGGAGGCCUAAAGGGGCAGAGACACAGCGGAAAAAUCCCUGGCACAAAAAGCUUGACAACUCUAUGUUCUAUCUCUAG